AUGGCGGAAGGACUCAGAAAACCUACUCCUUUGUCAUUCGAAGGAAACGUAGAACAGAACUGGAAAACGUUCGUGCGUGAGUACGAUAUAUAUGUUGGAGCUUGCUAUAGCGAGAAAACGCCAAAGCAAAAAGCGUACAUGCUAUUAAAUCUCGCCGAUAGCGAUGCUAUCGAAAAAUUUGAAUCAUUUACAUUCAAUGAUGAUGAAGACAAAGAAGAUCCAGACAUUUUAAAGGCCAAGUUCAGUGAGAUUUGUAAUCCCAGAACCAACGUUAUACUUGAACGAUACAGAUUUAAUUUACGCGCGCAACAAGAUGGCGAGCGAUUUCAGUCAUUUUUAGCUGACCUGAAACACAAAAUCAAAAGCUGCAACUAUGGUAACCUUGAGGAAGACAUGUUACGAGACAGAAUAGUCAUCGGUAUAAAACAUGAGAAUACCAGAAAGGUGUUGUUGAGAGAGAAUAACCUCACACUUACAAAAGCGGUGCACAUUUGUCAAAUUCACGAGUGCUCCGAGGUCGACGCCAAGCAAAUGCAACAGCAGAAUCCAGUGACAGUGCAUCUAGUCAACAAAAAGAAGGCACAGAAGCCACGACAGAUUUUUAGCCAUGGCAGAUCACAAGCAAGUGAGACGGCCAAAUGCAGAAACUGCAGCAGUAGUCACGCCAAAGGAAAGUGCCCAGCUUAUGGUAAAAGUUGCCACAAGUGCGGUAAGCUCAAUCAUUUCCAAGUUGCAUGUAGAAGCCAGUCACAGAAAAGUAAAUCACCCCGUUCUCACAAGGUCAUUAGAGAAGUUAACACUGACUCUUGCAGUGACACUGAAGCAGAUUUACUUAAAAUUGACUCAGUGCAUAGCCCACACGCAGCAAAGAAAGAUUUACAUGUAAAGUUUCUAGUCCAUGAUGUGAGCACAGAAGUCAAAGUUGACACAGGAGCUAAAUGCAAUGUAAUGAGCCUAGCAACGUUUGAUAUGCGUCGAGACAGAGAAAGCAUCAACACAGCAGACAAAGUGAAACUUAUUGGCUUUACUGGAGAUGCCAUAACUCCAGUGGGAAGUGCCAUUUUACCCUGUGAACACAGAGGUGAAACACAUGACAUUAAAUUCAAUGUCAUUGAUGCCAAUGUCCAGACAUUAUUAGGACUACCAGACUGUAUGAAGCUGAAGCUGUUACAACUGGGAGAAAGUGUGUACAGCGUGAACACCACACCAGACAUGUUUGCAGAAUUCCCAGAUAUUUUUGACCAAAGGUUGGGACAACUACCUGUGAAGUACAAGAUUACAGUUGACUCCCAAGUGACACCAGUAGUCAGGCCAGUACGCAAGCUACCUGUUGCUGUUAAAGACAAGGUCAAGCAGGAACUAAGAAGAAUGGAAAGCCAAGGAAUCAUAGCCAAGGUGACCAAACCUACAGAUUGGGUUUCAGCAAUGGUGGUAACCACGAAGAAAAACACGGACACAAUAAGGAUAUGCAUUGAUCCAGGUGACCUUAACAAGGCAAUCAAGCGUCCCAGGUACCCCAUGAGAACCGUGGAUGAAAUCAUAAGUGAUAUGCCCAAUGCGCAUUACUUCACUGUUUUAGAUGCCAAGCAAGCCUUUUACUGCAUUCCAUUAGAAGAAGAAUCUUCUUACCUGACCACAUUUGGUACACCAUUCGGUCGCUACAGAUACCUACGACUGCCAAUGGGAAUCAGCUCAGCAUCAGAAGUAUACCAGCAAGCCAUAGAAAACUUGAUGAACGGGCUGCCAUGUAAAAUAAUAAUGGAUGACAUCCUAGUGUCAGGCGCAACAGAAGAGGAACACGACAAGAAUUUGAGAGCAGUUCUUCAGAAGUUGAAAGAAAUCAACAUAAAACUCAACGCAUCCAAGUGCAGAUACAAGAUGACCAGUGUGAACUAUGUGGGACACACAUUCACAGCUGAUGGUCUCAAACCAGACCCAGAGAAGGUCAGAGCAAUCCAGGAGAUGCCCAAACCCAGAGACAAGACAGAGUUGUUACGUUUUCUAGGUAUGACCAAGUACCUGUCCAAGUUCAUUCCACAGCUUAGUGAGAAGUGCGCACCACUUAAUGAACUUCUACGCAAAGAUAACUCAUUUGUUUGGAACCAUGCACAUGACACAGCCUUAGAAGCAAUCAAGCAGGAGAUAAGUCAGGAUUCCUGUUUAGCAUACUAUGAUGUUUCCAAGGAAGUCACGCUGACCUGUGAUGCUUCACAAGCAGGCUUAGGAGCUGCAUGUCUACAGAAUGGGAAACCAGUGGCAUAUGCAUCCAGAGCAAUCCAGAAGGAUGGCCAAGUCCAUCAAAGUGAACAGGAAAGAGUCAACAGGUAA